AUGGCCAUUCCAGAUGCCAUCCAGACUUUGUCGGCGGCGUUCUCAUUUGGCAUUCUAGUUCAGGCCGCGUCGGCCGCUUUAUUUCUUUAUUUCAAAGGGCAUGGGACUAAGAUAUUUCAGGACGGCCGGAGGCUGGUCCUCAUGCUGUUUCUGUUAUUUGCUGCGUUAUGGGCCCAAGUUGGCUUUGUCAAUCUGAUGGUCGGACCAACCUCGCCUACUGCCUGCCAGACGUUGCUGGUAUUUACGACGAUAUUCGACCAAGGGGCGAGAGUGGUGAUGGAGCAGUUCUUGCUAUGGACAUUGAGUCAGGGAACCAAGGUGACGGCCCAGCAAUUGGUUCUUCAGGGUAUUCUGGGAAUCAGACUGGUCGCAGGCGGCAUCCUGGUGGGGUUUACACGACCUGAUUUUGCGCCUGUCUGUGUCGCCCGUACUUCAGCGAUGCCAGUCAACAUUACCGUCCUCGCCCUCGACCUAAUUAUCAUAGGAGUAUUGAUAAUCCGAGCUUUCUCAUCCGGGAUGUUCCAUACUAUGCGUAAUGAGAGUCAAAGCAUUCAAGGAGAGCAAAGCAAGGCCUUUAUAUUGAGCAUUGCGGGGGUUGUCGUGUGGACUGCUACCAGCGUUCCGAUGACCUUGGGACUUUCAACUGUUAUCUUGAUUGUUAGAACUGUGGUGCCCACAAAUGGAUUGAUUAUACUUGUUGGCAUGGUUACAAUUUUCUCCGGCGUUUUGCUAUCGCCAAAAGAGGAGGAAGGAAUUACACCCGAGGCUCGAUCGCCGUUCACUGCGCCCACACCACCAUCUCGAGAGCUAUUCAUAGGUGGCAUUGGAGAUGGCUCUCCAGUUUCUGGCCGUAAUUACACCAAAAACGGGAUGUUGUUCGUUGUCAAUCCUUCGGCAACACCACGUGAUUCUCCGACGACCAGAUUCCAGGGGAAUCAUCAAGGGGAUACAAAAGGAUUUACAAAACUCGGUGACGAAGUUAGAGUACGAGCUCUUGGAGGCGAUAGAUUUGGCGAGCCUGAGUCAAGUAAUGGGCAUGAUCGGGGCUCCAGUGGCGCGUUCUUCUCGGCCCUGUUGGCGACACCGUUGCAAGCUGGAAAUCAGCUCGCGAUGCCUCCAAAUGUGAAGGCCGCUCCAGAGAGGAUGCGGAAUAUACCCAUGUCUGCUGCAGCGCAACAGAAAAGAUCCCUCUUCAAUUGGUCAAAGGCACCUGCGAAAACACCAAUUCGGAACUUGGUUAUAUCGAAGCCGGUCAUGGAAAAUAGCGAGGAUGACGUUGUCCAGACAUUUACGAGAAUGCCAACUAUCGACCUUGCUACUGCCGCGAUCAAUGAGCGAGAACGCCGUGAGGGUGUCAACGCCAGGUCCCGUCUUGUCGCCAACCGGCCUGCCCCAGAACCACCAUCCCUUCCUCCAGCCCAGGAGGGACUGCGUAAGAGCAUUAGUCUUAAGCGGAAAGUGCCUCCAAGCCACCCAGCUCAGCCUAUGCCUACGAUAGCUGGUUCCAAUUCUUCUAACCUUUCUGUCAAUGGCAUGAAUGGUAACACUACUUCCGUGUCACUCUCCCCUAAUCGGGAAGAAGUCCGUCGACGGUCGCCACGUAAUACGGACAACUUUGAAAAGUGGACCGAUGAGAAGCUAGUCUCAAAGCCCUCGUUCUCGAGGAAAGCAACAACCGGGCUACCCAUGAAUCCUAGAUCGCAGCGAAUGGCAACGGCUGGCCAGACUGGCUUGGGCAAGGAGCAAACGGUGCUGUUUGUAAAUGACAUUGUCUACGACAAUCCUGCCGUGGUGAAGACCAUCAUUGAUGCUGCCCCGGAUAUGUACGCUUCCGCAAAACGUCCGAAAACCGCCGGAAAAGUUCUGGAUAACCCCUUGACUCGUACACCACACUCAUCAAACUCUGUCAUACAUCGACCUAGACCUAUUAAACGAGACUCCGACAUGGACCGCAUUCUGUUUCCUAGUGAGCCGUCACCGAACCAUAGACGGAGCAAGUCCGCUACUUAUAUGGGAGUGAGGAAGUCCCUCCUCGCUUCACAGCCGGGAAGCCCUACAAAACUCCCUCCACUUCCCCCACCACCAACCAGUGCGAUGAAAUUGAGGCGAUUACUGCCAAAUGACACAAAAAGCAUGACCUUCGACGAGAAGAUGGAAUUACUAUUCCCAGCUCCACCCGGUGUCCCAACAAUACCGAGCCGGAGGUCGUCAGUGCCAUCUCUCCCACCGUUCCCGUCAAUGCUCCUAUCCAACAUAGCAGGAACCAACAACCCCGUGGAGGACAAGCAUUAUAGCGUAGCGUCGAAAAGGACAACAAUAGGAUUGUUUGGCCCGUUAGAUCUCAAUGACCAACCAACUUCGCCAAAUAGAGAGCUAAAGAGAUCCGAGCAGCGCCAAGCCUACCGCUUCAGCGCUAAUACAUACCAAAAUAUUGCUGACCAAGUCGGGGAGACUUGGAUUCCUGGUAUUCCUGCUAGUGAAGUUGACAUCCGUAACUCGGUCCAACCCCCCCCGGAAAGUGACUCGGUAAUGGAAACUAGAAAGUCUUCCUUUUCUGUUACAACUUCUAGCGACGCAAGCUCUCAUGAAGAUUCGGUCACUUACUGGGGAUCUGUACAUUCCGAGUUGUCAGCUAUUGACCUCUCGAAAGAAAGACAGACUGCGCGAUCAACCUUCAUACCGUGCCGAAAUGGCAGCAGCGAUGCUGUUUCCAUUCCACCUGUUCCCUCCCUAGCGAGCCAUGAUGAAGAGACAGUUAUGACCGUUAUGAUGGACCCGGGAGAUAUCCCCCUGCCCAUCCCCCCCCAGCCAACCGGAGGCAGAACAUCUUUCUUUCUCGAUGCCGAUCAAACAUCACUAGAAGACAAAGUCUACCAACCUCCAAAUGCAGUAGCUUGGCACCAUCGGAUUGGUGACGAGCUCCCAACGUUCUCCGAAAGGAGGUCAAAUAGCAGAGCGCGCAAAAUGCCACCACCAACCCCUUUGUUGUUGAACAGCAGUGGUAGACAAACUACAGCGAUGAUACACGCUUCUGAACCGUCUCCAAUUUCCCCACCAGAGCGUGCAAUUCAGGAAAUUCAAGCCCAACUAAAACGGUUUGAAGAACCUAGCCGUGGCUCAGUAGGCUCUAUUAUGCGCCACUUGCCUCAUUCAACAGAUCUUGGAAGUGCUCAAGAUGAUGAGGAUUCCCGACUUCAAUUGCUUGAAAAUCUUGAGAAAGAAAUGGGAGAGCAAGAAACCCAGUGGCAGCACAUGCAAGACAACCUCGAUAGAGAUUCCAUAUCUGUUGUUAUGACGCCUCAGGAAGCAGCGCCCUCGGAGCAUGAUUUGCACCAAGAGUCUUCUCAGGUACCUUCCCGGACGCCCUCUCUCGUCCUUUCUCGUCGAGCUCGAAUCAGGAGUAGUAUGACACGGUCCGGGGGAGAGGAUUCAACAUCAACUGUAUCAACUCUUAGCUCGGAUAAUUCAAGGGCAAGCAUCUGGCAGCAACGUCUUGCGGAGGCUCAAGUGGAAUAUCUAGAGAAGGCACCCCCUCCUCUCCGAGAGAAAAGUUUGAACUUUCUCUCCGCACCAAGACAUCAUCAGCUUGGAAGCCCGACACCACCUGAUAGCGUAGACUCGGACUCCGACUAUGAGACAGAAUUAGAACUUGAUGGCUUUACCAUGGUCACUUCACAAAACUCUAAGUCUAUGCCCAAGCAAUUAGCAUCACUGUGGGAGUCAUCUGCGCCGUCACCCAACGCUGCUUCUGGUCGUCUAUGGAACCCUCCAUACGAGGUAUCAGCGGUAUAUAUGGCUUCUCGUGAACCACCAGCUAAGGACAUUCGACCUAUCCUGCGUCAGACUGCAGGUAGCCUUGAAAUAACAAGCUCUGCCUUGUGGUCAAAGCCCCGCUCGUCCGAUCAAAGUCGUGCAGUGGCUGGUCUUUGGGGCUCAACCGCUGUGCGCCCACGAAGUCGCGUAACCCGACGGCCCCUCCGGAAGUCAAAACGUAUCACGUUUUUACCUGACAUUAUUGAAAGUCCCACUCCACUCCCUAACAAGAGAGACACCCUCGGAAUAUUUCAGUUUCCAUGGGGAGAACAAUCGGACUCGGCCGUUUACCAGCCUGCUUUCAACCCUGGUCUUUUAGGUGCCCCUAUAUUGAACGCUAGCCUCCAGGCAAGGUCUCGCCAACUUGAACCCGAAUCGAAUGGAUACUCAUCUUCGUUCUUUGAUGAUUAUGAUGAGGAGCAUGAUGAUGAUGAUUAUAUUGACCCUGAGAGCGACGAUGACUUUGACGAAACCACUCUGUGGGAGAUUGCAAGCUUAUUGGAAUCUACCAGUACCCCCUCCGAAAACAGUUUGGUCCCGCAACCCCCAAAGCUGAUACCGAUCAGCGAAAUCAUUGAGGACUAUGACGAUGAAAGUGACACGGAAGACUCUACAGGGGAAGACUUGGCCAAUUCAAGAACACCGAUUAGACCACUCGUGUUGGCAACCCGCUCUCAACUCUGGACCGCUAGUAGCGAUGUUGUUUUUUCAGCGGCCGCUACAGGUUUACCCCAACCAGAAGAAACCAUCUGGAAAUCUCUUGUUGCUUCGACCGAGGGUGCUAUCAGAUCCAAACCGCACACGUCUGAGAUCCUACCAGUCAUCGCUUCGUGUGAGCUGUGGGCUAUUUCCGAGCCACAAAGAUCUCCCUCCCCCUCCAAUACUUUAAUGUGGGAGAGUAGAGAUGCCGUUACGCAGUCUCAUAAUUCAUCACCAAAGUCUGAAAAGGCGCUUCUGUGGCGAUCGCAGCCCAAACAGGAGGAUCGCAAUAAUAGCACUGGCUUAUUUAAUUUCUCCAACGAUAAAUCUGUGGUCCGCACCACACAAGCAAGUCCAGCUGCAAGUGAGGUGGUCAGGCCCACCCGUCCAACUAAUGGCACCCUCGCUAGUCUUGCAUCUCGAAAUUUAUGGUCCGCUAAUCAUAGUCUCGUGGAGGAAAUUGACUGGAUCUCUGAGUAUUCAAGACGUCAAAAGUCUUCCCGUGUUGCAUCAUCCCAAGCGAUGUGGACACCGGCCAAGCCUGUGAUAGAGCUUGGGGUCACUGUCCAUGAGCUAUUCUCAGUUUCUAGCUCGCCGCCUAGUCAACGGACCACCGCUUUGGCCCCAGCAGCAAUCGGCAUGGCCCGCAACCCUCGAACAAUCAGCGCACCAUUAAGUGGGUUGGAAUCAGACGAACUUUGGAAUGGUUUCAAACCAGUAGAACCUGAGCACCAUUGGAUAUCCGAAUCAUCUAUAAGCCCAAAUAGCCCUUCAUUAUGCUCCAACCCAUCAUCUGGUGAGUCUUCACCGGCAUCCGAUGCAUCAUCGGUCAAGUCUACUAGCAGCAAAGCUUCGUCUCUAUGGGGGUCCAUUAGUUCCACUGCGAGUUCGGCAGUGCCAUGGUGGAGCCCUAAGUCUAAAAAGUUGGCACCCUCCCAACCACCCAAGGAUAGUUCCAAGCAACCCUCAAACAUCCCCGUUCGUCAAUUACCGACCAAAAGUGUGCAACCCUCGGUAAAGCCAACGAUGGCCUCCAAAAUUCCGGCGCCUGUUAAACCACUGGAACCCCUCAGGGAAUCAAUGGUGCUAGUAUCUCGAAGUAAUUCGGCUAUCAAGGUUCCAACCCUCGAUAGCACUCCAGCCAAGAAAUUCCGCCGAACAGUAAUUGCUCAACAAUCGGUUUCGCCAAUCCACAGGCCGCUCCGCCACCAGUACACGCCUACUAUUGCGUUCCGUGCUAACUGGGACGAAGCGCUUGCUGAAGCAAUAAUUGCCAGCACGCCCAAGAAGGCAUUGACUCGUUCCAGAGUAACGGAGGCCGAUUGGACUACUGCUUUGAAUUCUGCAAUCGUGAAGUCCCAACCACUUCUAGUGCGACAAAACGCUUCCCCCAAGAUGUGGGAUGAAGCUCUCAAUGAAGCCAUGGCAAAAAGCGUCACUUCAUCCUCGAUCACUUCAAAUUAUGACCCGAGUUCCCGCCAUCCAGUCUUCUUCACCCAAAAGCUUAUUUCAAAGUCAGCAGAUAUUCACCCAGCCGCUCUGGGAUACGUAACAAGUACGACAUCGUCUCAAGUCUACAUGUGGAGCCCACCUAUAAAUACCAUGACUAUAAAAGCGGCAGCCCUUUGGUCGAAGGGAACAGUAUCCAAGCCGGCAUUCAACCCAAAUACCCCAGGGUUUAAUCUCGAACCAAGUAGAAAUGCUCCAAUCACUAUGUCCCUCGACCUACCAAUGUUGCAGUCAUCAUCUCUUUGGGCCCCAAGUCAAACUGUCGCCUUGCAACGCAAUUGGUUGGCGGCUGCCAGCAAGGCCAAGGCCAAGACCUGGACUCCACGCGUCAUAUCGCCUGUUACCAAGGGAAAUAACAGCCACAAGAUGUGGUCGGCCCCGGAUUCAGUAGUUACGAUCCAAUGUGAACAUCCUGAUAUGUUCGCUCACGUGGAGGCUGAAUAUGCAAAGAAAUCUGCUGGUCUGCGAGCGCCCGCUUUGCCAAACUUGAUCUCUAACCAACUUUUCGGGCUCGCACUUGACUCGCAACCCGAAAGCACUCAUUGGCUCCAUACCACCUGCAAAUUGCCUGAAGCAUCCAAUCUUCCAAUCACAUCGCCCAUAACGGCCAUCCAAGGACAAACAUGGGCCAAGCCCGUAUCUGUUGCGCCGGUAGAACAGGGGGUUAACAGCAUGUGGGAAUCUCGUACGUCGCCUAUCAACUCCUCACCGGCACUCUUCUCCAACCCGCAUACCACUCCCUGGGAUCGUAAGAAGGGACAGCCAGAUGGCGUAAAGACGAUCGAGAGCACCGAAAUGUGGCGGCCAUCAAUGGAAAUCCCCGCGAGCCCGAAAAACUGGCUUGUUACCAGAGGAUUCUCCAGAGUCGAGUUCAGAUAUUGA